GAAUCCCCUAAGGUUCGUUUUGCAUAUUUUUGGGUGGUCAUUUAUUUGUGCCCAUCCUGGCUAGGGCUUCUCAGCGUCGUCUUCGCGCAGCAGCACCCAGAGUCCCAUUUCGGCCGGAGCCACCAUCUGAAGCUGCUACUGCCGGUUACUUCCGGCGCCGAUCUUCCGGGUUGUUGUCUCAAGACUCAUCCAUCUUCAUCCAGUUAAUAGACAACAGAAAGCAAGCAUGAGGCCAAUUCUGAUGAAAGGCCAUGAGAGGCCUCUAACCUUCUUGAAGUACAACAGAGAUGGCGACCUCCUUUUCUCUUGUGCCAAGGACCACACCCCAACUGUUUGGUUUGCUGAUAAUGGCGAGCGUUUGGGCACUUAUCGGGGCCAUAAUGGUGCUGUAUGGUGUUGCGAUGUCUCAAGGGAUUCAAUGCGCCUCAUUACUGGAAGUGCAGAUCAGACUGCAAAGCUAUGGAACGUUCAGAAUGGGGCUCAGCUGUAUUCAUUCAAUUUUGACUCACCUGCUAGGGCUGUGGACUUGGCAGUUGGGGACAAGCUUGCUGUGAUCACUACUGAUCCCUUCAUGGAGUUGUCUUCAGCAAUUCAUGUGAAACGCAUUGCUCAUGACCCCAGUGAACAGAAGGGUGAAUCUGUGCUUAUAAUCAAGGGCCCUCAAGGAAGAAUAAAUAGAGCUGUUUGGGGACCUUUGAACAGAACUAUUAUUAGUGCUGGUGAAGAUGCUAUAAUUCGCAUUUGGGAUUCUGAGACUGGAAAACUGCUUAAAGAGGCAGACAAAGAAACUGGCCAUAAGAAAACAAUUACAUCGCUUUCAAAAUCUGCAGAUGGUUCACAUUUCCUCACCGGUUCCCUGGAUAAAUCUGCAAAGCUUUGGGACAUCAGAUCGUUGACAUUGAUCAAGACAUAUGUGACUGAACGCCCAGUGAAUGCUGUUGCUAUGUCUCCACUUCUUGAUCAUGUGGUGCUUGGAGGUGGUCAGGAUGCAUCAGCUGUCACGACAACUGACCAUCGUGCUGGAAAAUUUGAGGCCAAAUUCUUUGACAAGAUCCUUCAAGAAGAAAUUGGAGGUGUGAAAGGACACUUUGGACCCAUAAAUGCUCUAGCAUUCAACCCUGAUGGAAAAAGCUUCUCAAGCGGAGGUGAAGAUGGUUAUGUAAGAUUACAUCACUUCGAUCCAGAUUAUUUCAAUAUCAAAAUUUAGCUCCGACACAAAUGUGGGAACCGUUUUCCAUUCAAGUAAAUUAUAAUGUAAGAAUAUUGUAAUAGUGUAGGCUUGGUAUUUUUUUGGAUGCAACGAAGUUUUGCAGGGUUAGAGAUUUUAUUAUCAGCUCUAUAACACCAAGAAAGGGGAGCCUCCCGGAGUGAAAAUUAGCAUGGGUUGUGCCUGCUUGGAAUGGCAUUUAUAUAUAUAAAUGUUUACUUCAAUUUUCUUGCUGA